AUGAGGAAGCGUCAAGUGGUGUUGAGGAGAGCCUCGCCGGAGGAACCUUCUAGAAGCUCGUCGACCGCUUCGUCUCUGACGGUGAGAGGUGUGAGAUACGGCGAGUGUCAAAAGAACCACGCGGCAGCAGUUGGAGGUUACGCCGUCGACGGCUGCCGUGAGUUCAUGGCAAGCAACGGCGAGGAAGGUACGGUGGCAGCGCUAACGUGUGCCGCCUGUGGCUGCCACCGAAGUUUCCACCGGAGAGAAAUGGAAACCGAGGUUGUUUGCGACUGCAGUUCACCUCCUUCGACUGGGAAUUAA